UGGAAUCGUUUUCCGAAGGAACUUUGGCCAAAAAACAUACUUGCGACCGCAUCGGAACCACCGCCUACAAAGAAACGCAAAAUUAAAGAAGAAGAACUAGAAGAAAAGGUCCUCAUCAAAUUUGAGAAACUGGAAAAAUCAGAAGCAGAGUCUCAGUUCCAAAAAGAGUUACAACCCACUGAAGAAAUUAAGGUAAAGAAGGAAGAAGAUGAUGAAGAACCGGAUGAAGAUGAAUUAAGACAGUCUGAAGAUGAAGAGGUGGAAGAGGAAAACGAUUAUGUCGAAUCGUAUUUCGAUAACGGUGAAGCUUACCUUGACGAAUCAGAGGAAAGUGCGGAUGACGAGGCCGUGUUCUGA